AUGUUCUUAUAUGCUCUUGUGGUCAUGUGGUGGGGUUUUUGUUGGGAAGACUUGUCAGGACACAACCGCCGACAAAGGGUUAUGGAUUUAGAAGUAGGCUACAAGUCCGAGGUGUCCUCCUUCGGUAUCCAGCCCGGUUGCCUUAAGGUCAACACUGUCAAGCAGAAUACAAACCGAGGCAAUUCAUCCAAGCCUGUUUCAUACUCAGAAAAAGCUUCGGUAACACUACCGGAUGCUGUUUCAGUCGUCUCCACCGAUGCAAUACCGACUAGGUCCGAUCACUUUGCCACCUAUCGGUCAAGGCCAGAAACACCUGCAGGUGUUAGAGCCGAAAAGCGUAGAGCAGAGCUAAAUUUCCACCUUUCAAAACAAGACUCGAUGUCUUUUGACAAAGUCAAUUUAUCCGAACGCCAGCAGCGAAAAGCCUUCACUGGAACCAAAUCCUGGACUGAACCCCUUCUACUCAGAGGGAGAAGUGGUAAAAGAGAAAAAGAAGUGGGAUGUAACCUAAAAAUGAAGACUCAAAGAAGAGGUAGUCCAUCGUCACUGGCCGAAAGGCGAGCACAUUUCGCGAGGUUGGCAACGCCAAAACUGCGAAUCCAAGUGGCCAUGCCCCCAGUACCGAAAGGUGAGAACUAUCCGGAUUAG